AUGGCGGWCGAUCUGUAAAAGACUCGUCUAAAWUUAUUCGGCUUAUUUUAUCAAUUUAUAAUCAACCCUUUCGGUUCUUCACCAUGAAUAUGCAUUCUGCAACCGCUAGACUCGGUGUAGAUGUGUGUUUGACCCAAACGGAGGGAACAGACGUCMCCCAGUGUCCACAUGGCCCAAUGCUUCUGUUCGAGCGAUUUUUCAAGGAUGGAAGACCACCUCGUAAAUUCUACGCCUGCUCUGCCUGCCGAGAUAGAAAAGACUGUGCGUUCUUUCAGUGGRAAGACGAAAAGCUGUCCCAAGCAAGAAACAAAGCACAUGAUGAGAUAAUAAAGCAAUCCAAACCUUCAUCAAGACAAACUGAGAUCUGUAAAGAAUUGGAUUCUCUGCUUUCUUCGUCGAAGAARGAUGAGGAUUGUUCUUGGUUGUUUUGUCAUUCUUGUAACUUGUUGUUUAUGGAGGAGACAGAGAAACACAAGGGACAUGAUUUGCAAAGAGGUGAAAAGCUUGAGGAAUUGAAGCAUCCUAGUCUUAUACUAAAACCACAGGAGAAUGUCAAGGCCCAUGCUCAAUUUUUGUUCUCAACUAAAUCUACUCAGUUCCUGGUAUCCUUGAUAAGAAAAAUGGGAUUCAAGAAAGUACUGUGUCUGGGAACCCCAAGAAUUCAUGAAAAGAUUCAGCUUGAUAGAAGUAAAGGCAACAAGAAAAAUUAUCUGGACAGCCUCCUUCUAGACAUAGAUUACAGAUAUGGUCAGUUCAAUCAAAAAUCAAAGUUUUGUCACUACAAUAUGUUCAAUCACCAUUUCUUUAAUGAGGACAGUAAGGCUAUUUUUMAAGAUUUCUUAAAAUCUGGUGGUGAUCGGGAGAUAAUUCUUGUCAUGGAUCCUCCRUUUGGUGGUCUUGUUGAAGUACUUGCUGCUACUGUCCGGAAAAUCUGGAAUGUUUGGAGAGAGAAGAAUGGAAUGAAAAAAGAUGUUAGUCAUGAGCUGCCAACACUUUGGAUCUUUCCAUACUUCAUGGAGUCCCACAUUGAGACCUCAUUACCCAACUUGAAAAUGAUGGAUUACAAGGUGGAUUAUGAGAAUCAUCCACACUUCAAAGGCAAACAAGACAAAGGAUCAAAAAGAGGAUCUCCUGUCCGUAUCUUUACUAACAUCAAACCAUGUGAUAUCAAGCUACCAGCUGAUCAAGGAUAUAAAUAUUGUAAAAUUUGUGAGAGAUUUGUUGCACCAGAGAACCGACACUGCCCAGAGUGUGACAGCUGUACAUCAAAGGAUGGUAGGCAAUACAUUCAUUGUCAUCAAUGUGGAACAUGUGUUAAGCCAGGUCGAACUCAUUGUCCCACAUGUAACCACUGUGAGCUGCCAUCACAUGACUGUACAAGGUCGUCUUCCUAUGCUGGUUGCCAUAUUUGUGGUGAUGUUGGUCAUAAGAGAAGAGACUGCCCAAAUAGACCAAAGAAUGAUCCCAAAUCUAACAAAAAAGAUGUCAAACAMGCCAAAGGAAAGAAAAGACAACUGAAAGAACCAAAAGCUCCUGUGAAAAAGAAGAAAAAGAAGAGCUAGUGCUGCUAAAAGAUGUUAGAUGCACAAUAGUAAUAUUUGUAUUUGCAUAACUUUUUUUAUUAUAUAUUUUUGGGAAUAAAAGAUAUUAUACUCCAAAAAA